AUGUCAGACGUACCUGGAACAGUCCGACCGGCUACUAAGAGAGUAAGAUCAGAGCAAGAUCACUCGAAAGCUUCUACAAAGGCUGCUGAAGCUUCCAGAGAGAAUGGUUCAGAUCAUGAAGAUGCUAACGAAGACAAACAUGAAGAUGACGAUUGGCUGAAAGAACCUCCUUUCAGCGUAGGUAAAAGUAAAGAUGGUUGGGAGACUAAAUGGAGAGAAAGCUGUUGGUGUGGAAAAGUUGCAUUCGUAUAUAACGCCGAAAAACCUUUACAAUCAAAGAUCUGUCAUUGUGAGGAUUGUCAACGAUUACAUGGAGCACCAUAUCAACAUUCCUGUAUAUUCAAGAAAGAUAUGGUUCGACUUGACGACGAUGCAUCGUCCAAAUGGUUAGGAUUUUUAUCUGCUCAUGGAGAAGUACAUCCAUUAUCGUCAACACCUACACCUUUACCCCGCAAAGUAUCUUGCCGAGCAUGUGGAUCCCCUUUGUUCGAUGAAGGAAGAAACAUGAUCAUGGCUUUCCCCCCUGCUUUUGAAUGGAUUCGAACUCAUAAAGAAGUUGAACAAGCUAAGAAAGAAGAUAAAGGUCACCAUGGUUCAGAAGGUGAUAGUGGUAAAGGUGCAAGGAAACAACAAGGUUUCCCAGAUGAAUUGAAAGCUCAAUGUCAUAUCUUCUACGAAAGAAGAUGUGUGGAUAUCAAAGACGGUUUACCUAAAUGGAGAGGUCAUAAAGAAGAUAGUGAAUUGAUGGGAGAGGAUGAGAAAUAA